AUGAUGACACAGAAGGUUCGAUUCAUGACUGAAUCUUGGAUUGCAAUGAGUAUUGGGUUUGCGGUUUUGUACGCUCUCAAUUGGCUAUUAGUGACCAUCAACAUCAUGCAACCAGAGAGUUUAGAAAAGACGAUGAGAUGGAGAGGCAUCAUUUCACGCAGUCUAUGGUGUCUAUUUUUAGUGCUUUGGAUUCGAACGCGGACAGACGGAUGCAUUAGAAUCGAUGGUUCAAAUGUGCUUGCAAAUCGAGCAGUAUUCAAGGUGGCUCUUUGCUAUUUUGUCUCCUUGGCUGCAGCUGCCUUUGGUCUAUUCUUAUCUAAGUCUCGGAUGAUAUGCGACUAUAUCUACCAUAUCUUUCUAGGCCCCAGUCACGACGCCAGCUCAGAAGAGCAGAAAGUAAAGAAGGGAAUAAGGGAUUCGACAAUGCGACAUCGGUCUCAAAAAAGAAUAUGGGGCCAAAUUCGCAAGCACGUUCAAACCAAGAUGUCUAAGGAAUCUGAAAAUGGUAGCCCUUUUCCUAAGCGCCGUCGGAUUUUCUUCUAUGGAGCUCUCCAAGAGCACAGAUAUGUAGCACUAUACCGCUUCAUUGCAUAUGCCUACAUGCAGUCAUCCAGAUCAUUCAAACGCCGGAUUUCUGAGGUACACGUCAUUUCUAAUACUCGCAACCGGCCAAGUGGCAGUUGUUCUGUUGAUGGCAACAGUGAAGAUUGGAUCGAUGAUGAGAAAACGUUCGACUCAAAUGUUCGUGACGAUGCUCAUCGGGAGUAUGAGCACAAUCUACUGCAUGAUGAAAAAAAACGUUUAGAGAGCGCGGUUUCCGAGGAGGUGGAGACCCAAACGCGAAUCAUUCGCCAAAUCGAGCAUCAGCGACAAAACGCUUUUUCGCAAUUCUUUGCUGGACGAUAUUUCAAUCUCAUAAGAGUAACACAACCAGACCAUCCUCGAGCAGAAAAACAAUGCGAAUUUGAUAUAACGAAUCAAAAGCUCUUAAGGGCCCGCCCUUUUCUACAAUCCGAGAGGAAUGACUGGGUGGAGCGUCCAUUCGACCAUGUUUUUGGCAUCACUGCAACUGAACGCGACAUUUACAACAAGUUGGAACCUAUUAUAACAGAGUUGAAUAAUCCCCAAGGUCGUAUUGUUUGUAUUGGAACAGAUGGCUUUAGUGGUAGCGGCAAGUCGCACACUACGCAGAACCUGCUCCAAAAUUUUGGAAAAGAGCUAUUUCGGAUGCCUUGCCCUAACAGAAAAUUGUGUUUUGAGGCCUUUCAAUCGCUAGGGACGGACGUUAAUUCUCUAGAUCUCUCGACAGAGGUACUUCUUCGUUACGGCAUUGAGAAGUUAGAUCAAAUCCCAGUGAGCAUGCAUGCACCACCAAUCCCAUCCAAGCGUCCAUGUUAUCAGCUUGACUCCUUAGCUGCCUUCGAGUUCCUAGUAGCAAAAACUCUUGAAUUUCGAACAAGUAGCUCUACUAAUAAUAAUGCAAGCUCCUCGCGAACCCACCUUAUCAUCCUCAUAUACGCUAUUGGGGCUAUGAGGAAAUCCCAGCUAUGUCUCUUUGACCUAGCUGGAAAUGAGCGCAACGACGCCUUAGAUGGCCAUGUAGAAGACGCGAAAGCGAGGCGCGACCAAACAAGUGCAAUUAACGAUAGUCGCAUGAAAAUCUAUGCUAUUCUCAAGUACGCAAUUCGGCGUCAAAAACGAGUCACUCGGGAGACUGCUGGACCAUUCUCAUGCAUUUACUGCUGA